GCGGUGGGCGGGGAUUGGUCUCCAUGGCGACGGGGGGCGGGGCCUCGGGGGCCGCCGGGAGCCGCCGUGCGGACCCCCCCGCGGGGAUGGAGGGGCGCGGGGAGGAGGCGCCGGCGCCGGAGCUGUCGGAGCCGUCAGAGGAGGAGGAGGAGCAGGAGGAGGAGGAGGAGGAGGAGGAGGAGGAGGGCUCGGGGGUGUGCGUGACCCCGGCCCUGCUGAAGGCCUGCACGGGCGAGUUCUCCCUGGAGUCCAUCCUGCUGCUGCGGCUGCGGGGCCGCGGCAUCGCCCACCUGGGCUGCCUGGCCGACUGCUCCAACCUGGAGUGGCUGGACCUGUCCGGGAACGCCAUCGCGGCGCUGGCCCCGCUGGCCGCGCUGCGCGCCCUGGCCGUGCUCAACCUGGCGGGCAACCGCGUGGCCAGCGUGGAGCCGCUGCGGGGCUGCCGCAGCCUGCGCCAGCUCAACCUGGCCGGCAACCGGCUGCGCAGCCUGCGCCAGCUGCGCUGCCUGCAGGGGCUGCGGCACCUCGAGAGCCUGCGCCUGCGGGACCCGCUGGCCCGCCUGGGCAACCCGCUCUGCGCCGCGCCCGCCUACCGCGCCGCGCUGGCCGCCAUGCUGCCCGGCCUCAAGGCCAUCGACGGGCAGCGCGUGGCCGGGCGCGGCAGCGAGCUCUUCCGCCUGUGCCGCGAGCUGGACGCCGCGCUGGACGGCGGGGCCGCGGCCGAGGGGCCGGCCGAGCCCCCCCGGGGCCCCCAGCCCUGGGUGCAGGCCGGGUUCUGGGAGCCGCGGGCGCCGCGCCGCAGCGCCGUGCUGGAGGAGGCCACGCGCCAGCUCGGGGAGGCCCUGCGGGAGUGCCGCGAGCUCGGCCGGCGCGCCGACGACUCCAUCGCCCAGGCACAGCGAGCGCUCGGCCGCCGGCACGCCGGCAACUACGGCUUCUGAGCUCCGGGGGGGCCGGGGGGGCUCCGAAUGGGGCCGGGGGGGCUCCAAAUGGGGCUGGGGGGCACCCAG